AUGGUUUGUGCACUGGGCUCAGCCCGCUGCAACUCCGCCCAGUGCUCGCUCGCUAACUCAAAAUCUUGUGGAACCUGUAACGCACCCCCUCGACCUGGGUGCAACAACAACACCCGCGGCCUCUUCCCUGAAAACCCCUUCAUCAAUACUGCCACAAGCGGCGAGCUCGCUUCAGAUGUGAUUCGAAUCACCUCUACCGACAGCUCGAACCCAGGCCCAGUUGUUAAAGUACCCAACUUCCUCUUCUCUUGCGCCCCAACCUCCUUACUAAAAGGCCUCUCUAAAUCAGUUCAAGGCAUUGCUGGCCUUGGAAGUACUAAAAUAUCUCCUCCUUCACAAUUCUCCUCAGCUUUCAGUUUUGCUAGAAAAUUCGCCAUUUGCUUACCUUCACUAAGCGAAGGAGGUAAUGGAGCUAUCUUAUUUGGUGAUGGACCGUAUAACUUCUUUUUCGAAACCGACUUAGUUUCUUUGUUAACCUUCACUCCUCUUGUAACCAAUCCUGUAAGUACCGGGGCUACCUCUUUCGCUGGCGAGCAAUCGUCCGAGUAUUUUAUUAAAGUAAACCAGCUUAGAAUUAACAAUAAGGUCGUGCCCAUAAACAAACCCUUGCUUUCUAUAAAUAGCAAAGGUAACGGUGGGACUAAGCUCAGUACAACUAUCCCCUACACACUUAUGCAAACUUCCAUCUACAAGUCAUUUAUCAAUGUGUUCGUCAACGAGUUGAGGAUCACCAACGUUACAAUUAUCAAGACGAUCGCACCAUUUAAGGUGUGCGUCGACCCGAGCACGUUUUCGGCGUCGACAGGUACUGAUGGAGUACCCUGGAUUAAUUUUGAGUUGGAUGGUGCGAGUCAAGCAUGGACAUUGAUUGGAGGGAACUCUUUUGUUAGAGUUAACAAGGAUGUGUCCUGCCUUGGGAUUAUGGAUGGUGGAGAGAAACCAAGGACAUCAAUUAUCAUUGGAGGGCUUCAGUUGGAGGAUAAUCUAGUACAGGUUGAUAUGGCCAAGUCUAGAAUUGGGUUUAGUAGUUCCUUGCGGAUUUCUAGGACCAGUUGCUCCAUGUUUAAUUUCACUUCUAUUGCUUGAUUAACUGUAUAAUGUAUGUAUUUGUAAUAAUUGAGAGACCCAAUAUGUUAAGUACUCUCUUUUCUCGUUAUGAAGUUUUAGGGGAAA